CCCGGCGCGGCGCCCAGGUAGGGGGUGGGGCAGUGGAGGCGGGAGUGAAGUCUCGCGAUAAGAGGCAGUUGCCGUAGCGGAGCCCUCUGGCAGUGUGUGUGAGGAUUCAGUGCUGGAGCUGUGGACGGUUUGUUGAGCCCGUUAGUGCUCCUGCCGAGACUCACGCAGUCGUCAUGUCCCGCUACCUGCGUCCCCCCAACACGUCUCUGUUCGUCAGGAAUGUGGCCGACGAUACACGGUCUGAAGAUUUACGACGUGAAUUUGGUCGUUAUGGUCCUAUAGUUGAUGUGUAUGUUCCACUUGAUUUCUACACUCGCCGUCCAAGAGGAUUUGCUUAUGUUCAAUUUGAAGAUGUUCGUGAUGCCGAAGAUGCUUUACAUAAUUUGGACCGAAAAUGGAUUUGUGGUCGCCAAAUUGAAAUACAGUUUGCACAGGGAGAUCGGAAGACUCCAAAUCAGAUGAAAGCCAAGGAAGGGAGGAAUGUAUACAGUUCUUCACGUUAUGAUGAUUAUGACAGAUACAGGCGUUCUAGAAGCCGAAGUUAUGAAAGAAGGAGAUCAAGAAGUCGGUCCUUUGAUUACAACUAUAGAAGAUCCUAUAGUCCUAGAAACAGUAGACCGACCGGAAGACCACGGCGUAGCAGAAGCCAUUCCGACAAUGAUAGAUUCAAACACCGAAAUCGAUCUUUUUCAAGAUCUAAAUCCAAUUCAAGAUCACGGUCCAAGUCCCAGCCCAAGAAAGAAAUGAAGGCUAAAUCACGUUCUAGACCAAACUGCAGCUGGAAUUCCCAGUACAGUUCUGCUUACUGCACUUCAAGAAAGAUCUGAGAAAGCGGAAAGAGAACCAAAGAAGGGCAGUUCAAGCGACCAAAGGGUGGGUGGAAGGUGCUGCAGUAUGAAUACUGUGUGAAUAUUUUGACUCUGGUCUGAAAAGAUAAAAGAAUGUUAUUGAAACUACAUGGAAUAAUUGAAGUCCCUUCAAGUUUGAAAGUAAGCAUUUUAGGACAAAUAAAAGGAAAUUCACCUUUGUACUUGUGGAAACUAAUCCCUAAAUCUGAAUAGGUUUAUAUUGAUUCAUGGAUAACAGGUCCAUAAUAAAUUACUGGAAACUAGGAUGUCUGAAUAUCACAGUAGACAGCCUUAAGUCUCCUACAGUGCUUCUUUUGAUCUGUCUGAAACUAAAUUGGGUGAGAAAAGGCAUGGUCCAAUAUAAACUUUUUCUUGGUUAUCACUUAAAGUCAGAUACGUUUUUGCUAUUGGCAAAUAUUGCCUUUGUUCCAGUGCCAGCGUUUUACUGUUUAAUGGUUUGCUUUGUUGGCAUCUGAGUUUAUUUACCUGUAUGCCAUGUGCAGUUUACAUCUUCCUUAAACACUAUUCCCAGGUAAAUUCUAAUUAUAAUACUUGACAUCCAGUUAAGAGGUUCCACAUCUCUUCUCACCUCUUUCUUAGCAUAUUCAGCAAACAUUUACUGAGCCCUUACUAUAAGCAAAAAUUGUAUUGGAUAAUUGGGAGGAAAAUAGAUUUAAAAUUCACUUAUUCAAUAAAGGUCUGAGCACAAUCUAGUGAAUAACAUUACAGUAUGGCCUCAUUGUUUUGAGGUGUAUUGUUUGACAAUAUUUUACACCAUUAUCCUAAUGUAAUUAUAAAACCCAGUAUACUAUCAAAGAUAAGUAAUUUUGUGGUUACCUGCCAUUAAAAAGUAUCUGGUAUUUUUGUUUGCAUCCCGUUAAUACAAAUAAUGAAAAAAUGAUGUUUUGAUCUGUAAUAAACUGAUUUAUUGUGCAGUGACUGUAAUAUACUAGAAUUAUAUUAAAUUGUUAACUGACUCCUCAAACACACAUUAGGAAAUAAUCCCCCCAAAAGUAUUUCAUUUUGCAUUAGAUAUACAGGACACUGGGUGCUAUAAUUAGAUUAUUUUGAGGCAGACAGCUGUUAUCCCAACUGAUUUAGUAUGUUCUGUAACUGAAAAUGUUCACCAAGUUAUACUUUUUAGUGAUUGACAUGUACAUUUUGUAGGGGACAUGUUCUGUGUAUAGUGAAUAAAUAACUUUUAUAGUAUCACAAAAUGUUUUGGAUUCCUUAGUUCCUUACUAGGGUAUGAGGGCUAUUUGCCUAUAUAUUGAUUCCAUCACUCAUAUUUUUGUCAUGUUUCUGCCACAUUUAAACUUAAAAUUAUUCAUCUAAGAAUAUGGAUUUGUAAAGAUUUCGAAAAUAUAGCAGAAUACACAUAUUAAGGGGAGGUAUGAACUGGAGGUUAAUGUAUGUUUUUCAAUCCUGAACUGGAGGUUAUUUUUAUUGUUAAUUUUGAACUUGGCUAAGAUACAUAGAAAAUGGCAGAUUAGAGUCCAUGAUUUUUCAUUUAGUUCAUCUUUGUCACAGUUUUGCACUGCACUUUUUUUUUUUCCAAAUGGGCAAUUUUUUUUAUAGCUUAAACUUUUAAGGGGAUCUAAGGUUCACUGAGAGGGGAGAUUUAAUAGAUUUAUAAGAUAGGUUUAAUUGCAAAAAGUAUUUUGUGACUCUUCUUAAUGGAAGAGGUUAAAUGUAACCCAAGCUCUCACAGCUGUUGUGACACACUUUUUCCAGGCUGGUUUCCCAAAUUUCAAUAUUAUAUUGCAUUUUGAUCAUAUUCUCGUUUACAAAAUCCCUGAGAUAUUUUGAAAUAGGGGAGCUGUGACUUGGGACAACAGAGUAAGGUAGCUCAGGAAUAAUCUAAUGGCGUUUUGCCAGGAGGUCUAUUAAAGCCUUUAGGAAUCCCAGGAAAUAAACUGUUUUCAUUGAUAAAAAAAGUAAAAGCAACCUUUUUGUCUUCAUUCAACUAUUGGCAUCUCUAAGAUGGAAAGGUUCUUCGGAAAGGUUCUUUCUAGGGUUUUCAUCCUCUGCCCCUUCUUCCAACAUUGUUAAUGUUUAGUGCUUUAUGUUUAUGUAUUCCUAACCUUUGUUUCACCCUUAUAUUAAAGAUGGGAUUUUUUGUUGUUGUUUGGAAUAAAAAGCAAGGCAUGUAAAUUCAUUUCAUUGAUAAUUGCUAGCGUAGUUUGUUAAGUAAAAGGCCUAUGUGAAGUUUUUUUGGAUCACAUCUCUGAAUUCUAGAGAGAAAUAAACUGGUCUAGGAGCCAAAAAAUAUUGGGGCUUUCUUGUGUGUGUAAGGUUUUAAGGAGUUACACUGUCCUUGUUUUACAAAGUAAUUGCCUAUGAGAAAGCAAUUAAACACUAGGAAACUUGCCCAAAACC